UUCACAAAUUUGCAGGCCCUUCCAAUUUACUUGGAUAAAAUGUUCAAUCAGUAUGUGGCUAUAAUUCUCUCUGUGACUUUUGUUCUAUUUUUUGGAGAGGUUAUCCCACAAGCUAUAUGCACUAGAUAUGGACUUGCAGUAGGUUCCAACUUUGUUUGGCUUGUUCGGAUUUUGAUGAUAAUUUGCUACCCAAUUUCAUACCCAAUUGGAAAGAUUUUGGAUUGGGUAUUAGGACAUAAUGAAGCUUUAUUUAGGCAAGCUCAGUUAAAAGUCCUUGUCUCCAUCCACAGCCAAGAGGCCGGCAAGGGUGGUGAGCUUACACAUGACGAGACAAAAAUUAUAAGUGGGGCACUAGAUUUAACUGAGAAGACAGCUGAGGAGGCUAUGACACCCAUUGAAUCAACGUUUUCUUUAGAUGUCAAUUCAAAGUUGGACUGGGAGGCUAUGGGAAAAGUUCUUGCUCGGGGGCAUAGUCGAGUUCCUGUCUAUUCUGGGAAUCCGAAGAACGUUAUUGGACUGCUUCUGGUGAAAAGUCUUCUUACUGUACGACCUGAAACAGAGACUCCAGUCAGUGUCGUUUCCAUCCAGAGAAUACCACGAGUUCCUGCCGAUAUGCCACUGUACGAUAUAUUAAAUGAGUUUCAGAAGGGCAGCAGUCAUAUGGCAGCUGUGGUGAAGACUAAAGGGAAAAGCAAGCUUCCUACAAUUGAUGGGGAUAAGACUUUUCUGUGGCUGCCUAGUAAUAAUUUUACAGAACAUCCAGGUCUUAAUGAGAAAUUAAAAUGCAUAAAGCAACAUUCAAUGUUGGAAGUUUCUUUGAUUAAUAUUCAGGUUAGGAAAUCAAUCAAAGAGACUGCCUUAAUUCUCUCUAAUGAUGAUGUUGAUGGUGGUAGGGCUUGGCAAGGCGAGGUGUAG